UAUUAAGAAAAAAAGGUUAUGAACAUGGGUUAUGAGCUAAGAACAAUGAAAAUGCUGACCAGCAGAUUUCGUGACUCAAAACUUAGAAGAACUGACCGAAAAUUCUGCCUAUUGCAAUUAAAUCGUUUGUUGCUGACCAAGGGGAUGAAGAUGAGUGGGCUCCUCAUUGUUCCCCUCCUGCUCCCCUUGACCCUGUGAUCUUCCAUCGUUAGAGACGACCUCGCCUUGAACCGGCUCCUGUGGUGUCUGACAACAUGGCUGCUUUUCUCUGGGUCUAGAGUACUGGACAGUCUCCCCUGUCAUUGGUGGUGGUGGGAGGGCUGAGCUGGUGGUGACGAGCUCAAUCUC